AUGGGGAAUCAGAAAGAUGUGGGAAAAUUCCAUACGAUGCGGAAAAAUUGUGAGGAACAUGCCGUAAUCAGUUAUGUCGUCUGUUUUGUCCUAGUGAAAAUUGCAACAUUCUCAUCGGCACAACUGGUAUUGUGUUCCUCGUGCUCCGCUCGACGAAGAGGACCCCCGUACGGUAUCAUAGACAAUUCAUUUACACGUAUGGGCUUAUGCUGUUCCUCAAAUUCCAAGUCCAGAAACACUCAGCAGAAUUCAAGUAAUGGCGAAUUAAAAGAAGAAGAUUUGCGAGGAAUUUUCAAAGAAUUUGAUUUGAAUGGUGACGGAUAUAUACAAAAAGAUGAAUUGAAUGCUGUGAUGGUGAAAAUGGGACAAUGUCCAACAGAUGAUGAGCUGAAUGCAAUGUUUAAUGCCGCGGACAAGGAUAAAGAUGGCAAUAUUGAUUUGGAUGAAUUUCUAUCGAUUGCUUAUGCAAAUCCGCUCUCAUUAUCCUUGAAAGCUGUUUUCGAUGAAUUAGAUGUGGAUGGUGACGGAUGUAUCACUCGAUCUGAGUUGCGAACUGCUUUUCAACGAAUGGGAAGUAACCUUACUGAUGGUGACAUCAAGGCUAUUUACAAUCAAGUGGAUGUUAACAGAGAUGGAAAAAUUAAUUUUGAUGAAUUUUGUCAAAUGAUGGCCAGAAAGAGAGGAUGAAUAUAUCGAGAGCUGUGGAUGAUGAUUGUAUAUACUCUACUUGCUUACAUACAUUUUUAUGAAUUACACCAGACGAAUCCCAUUAAACCAUUUAGAUUUAUUUUUGUGAAUGUAAAGAUGACUGCUUGUUUUCAUUUUCUCUUUAAAACAUUCACUGACUAUUUGUUUAUUCAAUAAUGAUAUACAUCCAGUCAGAUGGAAUGACUGGAUUUUCUAAAAGAACUCAUGAAAAAAUUCCAUUCAUUUAUUACUACACAAUUUGAACAAUCGUCGUUGCCUGUUUCAAAUUCGAAAAAUCAAAUGAGAAUUUAAGGG